AUGUCUUCCCCAUCCAACAGCCCGCGCCGCUCCCAGUCACCCGACAACCAACCUCCGCGCAACCCCCGCCCACUCCAAGCUGCCCCGGCCGACGCACCCGGCGACGCAGUCCCUCCACUUGACGAGGAGAGGCUCACCGCCAUCGCCAACCGAAUCCUGGACGCCUACGACCCAAAUGACUUUCUUGGGUCCAUGGCGGCUGCGUUCGACAGGAUGAGAGAGGCCUCCGGCGGUGACCUGACCAUGUUCAGGGAAAUCGGGCUUCGUGUUGUCGCCGAGAUAAGUCGCAGGCGUAACCCAGAGUAUGUCCCCAAUCCUGCACCGCCAUACACCGCACUAGCUGCGAUGGAUGAGGUCACGGUUGCGUUGUCGGUUGCGGAGCCGGAGUAUACCCCGCGGUAUACUCGGUAUGCGCGAGGGCAGAAGAGAAAGAGGGAAGAGGAGCGUGGUGAGUAUCAGGAGGAGGAAGACGACAACGACGAGGAGGAUGAGGAGCAGUGUGACACGGGGCAGUAUCACGAGGAUGAGGAUGAGGAGGAAAUCGAUGAGGAGGAGAUCAAUGAAGAGGAGAAUGACGGGGAGUGA